AUGUUUGGUACCCUACGCUACGAAGCGGCGGAUAAAGCCGGGGAGUUUUUGGAGCAUGGAGUAGGAACCACUGGGGUCCCAAUAAGCCGCUUCCAGCACAUGGCCUGCGAUAAUUGCCGCAUCAAAAAGAUCAGGUGCAGUGGCAAGCGGUCAGGGUGCUACAGAUGCACCACACUCAACGUGCCCUGUAGCUAUUCCGGCCCCAGCCCUCGCAAACGACUUUGUAAGAAAGAAUCUCCUUGUUACAAAUCCAAUGAACUCGAUAUGGACAAUGAGGUGUCCAGUGACUCCUCCAGUGCGAGUGCAGAACUGAGGCCAGAUCACCACUCCCGAAGCUUCUGUCCCCCGUCACUCAACUCUUCCACUCUGUUCGAGAACACUAGUGGUAGUGGCAGCCCGCAUCCAACCCAAGUCGGUGGUGCUGAAAUCCAAAAGGAAUACGACCCAGUUUUUUUCAACAGUUUCGAUUGGCAUUUGAGCGAGCAGGACAGUCAGGGGAGGUCUCCACCUUCCACAUCGAUGCCCCCUGAUAUCCAUCUUUCACACGGCACGAACAACUCUCCAUCGACGGUCGGGUUAGGGAAUGUGUCAUCUCAGCCAAAGGGUAACUUGGUUCCUGACGACCAAACCAGCCAUGAUGUACCCCUGAUGCGUUCUGCGGGUGUAGUCGACGGUGCUUUGGGCCCCAAUGCCCUUCUUCCCACCUCGACAGUCCCAGCACCCACUCCAAACCUCAAACCCUGGCCACAUCACCCAGGGGAGUUAACUGCCUCCUUGUUAACACCAUCUUCGGCCUCAAUCACUCAAGAUCCAAAGCCAGUACUGGUCAUCCAAGAUCGAUGCAGAUGCUCUUGCCUGACCAUUGCUGUCUUUCUCCUAGAUGAACUCGAGGACUCUGGUGACCCUAGCUUGCACCAGGAGAGGAAACAGCUCGACUCCCAUCUGAGCUCCUUCCGCGAGAUUUUGUCACAAUGCGAGAGCAUGCUGCAAUGUCACCAUUGCCGUCAACGGCCCGAGAACAUGGCGGUCUUAAAUCUUGUUUUAGAGCGCCAGACGAGCCUCUCCGACGGCAUCGUCAAAGCCUAUCUUAUAUUGACAUCCUCGGCAGCGGCGGCAGAAGGUGACCCCACCACCCUUACAAGGGAAAAGCUUGUCGUCGCACAAACUACCUUAGUACCGGCGGAAGAAACAAGAAUCACAUCAAACACAACAAGAUACCCUACCCCCGUCAUCCCUGUGGCAUCAUCACCACCGGAGCGCCCGGAAAUGUUACUGGGAGAAUACAGCAUCACCGAAUCGGAGUGGACGACUAUGGUACGCGUAUUAAUCCUGACCCAGCUGCUGGCCUUUGAUCGACUCGUCGCGCAGAUGAUGCGAGUCCCUUCCUUGGCACAGCGAGAUUCCCAAAUGAAGAGGCUACGUGCUUCGGAGUUGCGGAAUCGGCGGCUCACGCGACAGCUCUGGCCCGACUUAUCAGAGUCGAGUCCUCUAUCAGAUUUGGGGUUGUGUUUCAUAUCAUCAUCCCGGCUAGAUUAA